CUCCGCAUGCGCGGAAUCCCGGAUGUGGAUCAAGUUGGUAGGAAGCGUGGGGUGCCGCAGCGAUGGCGGCGCUCACAAUUGCCACGGGUACUGGCAAUUGGUUUUCGGCUUUGGCGCUCGGGGUGACUCUCCUCAAAUGCCUUCUCAUCCCCACAUAGUAAGGGACUCGCACGGCCAGGGGCUGGGCGGGGAGGCCCCGCGGUCGGUCAGGGCGGGAGAGAAAGGUGUGGAUAUCCCUGGGUAUGAACAGAAGGAACUUUAGGUCGUGUUUGUCGCUACCCUGCCUUCGCUAAGCUUUCCGUUUCGCCAGUUGUUACUUGACUUAGCCCCAGCUAGCUAGGUUCAGACCUGGCGCUGUCUGAUUUGGAACAAAUCACUUUAACGUUUCUGAACCUCAGGGUCCUCAUCCUUAAUAGGCAUUUAAGAACCUCUGCCUCCAACAGCCAUUCAGCCAGUAUUAUCAGACGCCUGAGGCGCCGGGUACCGUUUUAACUCCUGGGAGAUGCGGUGGUGAGCAAGACAUUGCUGGUCCUUGCCCUCGAAGUUGGUGGGUGGACCUAGACAAACAGGAACGUUUCAGAUUGUGGUAAAGGAAAUAGAGGGUUACUAAGUGGCUGUGCGCUAUUCCUUUAGAAGGUGAUGUUUGAGUUGAAAUUCAAAAAAUGAAAAAGAAUAAGUGAUGUGGAAAGCAGUUCAGGCAUAGGAAAGAGUAAGUUCAAAGGCCCUGCGGCAGGAAAGAAGUCAGAGCAUUCUAGGAACAGAAAGUGCCCCUUGUGGCUGCGGAGCAUUGAGGGAGAGGAGUGGCACAGGAUGGGGUGCACAGGGGACAGAUAACACAGGGUUUCGAAGACCACAGUUAGACUGCUGUGUAAAAAAUGGGCCAAGACUGAAAGCGUGGAAACCAAGAAGCAACCAUCAAAUGGUGGUGCGUAUACACCAUUCCACAGAUUUUGAAGUACACCGAAACUGGCUUGCUAUCACUCACAGUUUGCCAAUAUCACAGUGGUAUUAUGAGGCAACUUCAGAGUGGACGUUGGAUUACCCCCCUUUUUUUGCAUGGUUUGAGUAUAUCCUGUCACAUGUCGCCAAAUAUUUUGAUCAAGAGAUGCUGAAUGUCCAUAAUUUGAAUUACUCCAGCUCAAGGACCUUACUUUUCCAGAGAUUUUCCGUCAUCUUUAUGGAUGUACUCUUUGUGUAUGCUGUCCAUGAGUGCUGUAAAUGCAUUGAUGGAAAAAAAGUGGGUAAAGAACUUACAGAAAAGCCAAAAUUUAUUCUAUCGGUAUUACUUCUGUGGAACUUCGGGUUAUUAAUUGUGGACCAUAUUCAUUUUCAGUACAAUGGCUUUUUAUUUGGAUUAAUGCUACUCUCCAUUGCACGAUUAUUUCAGAAAAGGCAUAUGGAAGGAGCAUUUCUCUUUGCUGUUCUCCUACAUUUCAAGCAUAUCUACCUCUAUGUAGCACCAGCUUAUGGUGUAUAUCUGCUGCGAUCCUACUGUUUCACUGCAAAUAAACCAGAUGGGUCUAUUCGAUGGAAGAGUUUCAGCUUUGUUCGUGUUAUUUCCCUGGGACUGGUUGUUUUCGUAGUUUCUGCUCUUUCAUUGGGUCCUUUCCUGGCCUUGAAUCAGCUGCCUCAAGUUUUUUCCCGACUCUUUCCUUUCAAGAGGGGCCUCUGUCAUGCAUAUUGGGCUCCAAACUUCUGGGCUUUGUACAAUGCUUUGGACAAAGUGCUGUCUGUCAUCGGUUUGAAAUUGAAAUUUCUUGAUCCCAACAAUAUUCCCAAGGCCUCAAUGACAAGUGGUUUGGUUCAGCAGUUCCAGCACACUGUCCUUCCCUCAGUGACUCCCUUGGCAACUCUCAUCUGCACACUGAUUGCCAUAUUGCCCUCUAUUUUCUGUCUUUGGCUUAAACCCCAAGGGCCCAGAGGCUUUCUCCGAUGUCUAACUCUUUGUGCCUUGAGCUCCUUUAUGUUUGGGUGGCAUGUUCAUGAAAAAGCCAUACUUCUAGCAAUUCUCCCAAUGAGCCUUUUGUCUGUGGGAAAAGCAGGAGACGCUUCAAUUUUUCUGAUUCUGACCACAACAGGACAUUAUUCCCUCUUCCCUCUGCUCUUCACUACACCAGAACUUCCCAUUAAAAUCUUACUCAUGUUACUAUUCACCAUAUAUAGUGUUUCGUCACUGAAGACUUUAUUCAGAAAAGAAAAACCUCUUUUUAAUUGGAUGGAAACUUUCUACCUGCUUGGCCUGGGGCCUCUGGAAGUCUGCUGUGAAUUUGUAUUCCCUUUCACCUCCUGGAAGGUGAAGUACCCCUUCAUCCCUUUGUUACUAACCUCAGUGUAUUGUGCAGUAGGCAUCACAUAUGCUUGGUUCAAACUGUAUGUUUCAAUAUUGAUUGACCCUCCUAUUGGCAAGACAAAGAAACAAUGAAUAAAGGAACUGCUUAGA